AUGAAGAGCUCUGAAGAUCAUAGCUCUGCAGACCAUAACUGUGAAGACCAUCGCUGUGAAGACCAUAAAUGUGAAGAUCAUAGCAGUGAAGACCAUAGCUGUGAAGAUCAUAACUGUAAAGACCAUAGCUGUGAAGAUCAUAACUGUGAAGACCAUAGCUGUGAAGAUCAUAACUGUGAAGGUCAAAACUGUGAAGUUCAUAAAUGUGAAGACCAUAGCUGUGAAGAUCAUAACUGUGAAGACCAUAACUGUGAAGAUCAUAAGUGUGAAGACCAUAGCUCUGAAGAUCAUAGCUCUGCAGACCAUAACUGUGAAGACCAUAGCUGUGAAGACCAUAAAUGUGAAGACCAUAACUGUGAAGAUCAUAACUGUGAAGACCAUAGCUGUGAAGACCAUAAAUGUGAAGAUCAUAGCUGUGAAGAUCAUAACUGUAAAGACGAUAGCUGUGAAGAUCAUAACUGUGAAGAUCAUAACUGUGAAGUUCAUAAAUGUGAAGAUCAUAGCUGUGAAGAUCAUAACUGUGAAGACCAUAGCUCUUGUUUCGUUGCAAAUAAAACAAAUAUUACUUUAUCUCCCCCUUUCUCCAUUUCCAUCAACAUUCUUCUUCCUUCCGGUUUGACCCGACUUUUCUCUCUGUCUCAACUCUCUCCCUUUCUCUCAUCUCCCUCUCUCUCUCUCUCUCUUUACUCUCUCUCUCGCUCUCUCACUCAAUCCCCUCUCUCUCACUCUUCUCUUUCUCCCUCUUUCUCAUCUCCCUCUCUCUCUCUCUACAAUCUCUCUCAUCAUCACCCUCUCCCUCUCCCUCUACUCUCUCUCCCUCUCUCUCUCUACUCUCUUCCCUCUCUCCCAUCCCCUCUCUCUCUACUCUCUCUCAUCUCUCUCUCUCGCUCCCUCUCUCUCAUCACCUCUCUCCCUCUACUCUCUCCCCCUCUCUCUCUCUCUACUCUCCCCACCUAUAAAUAUAGCAAAGAAAUUGGGGUGUAUCCAUCCCCUCUCUCUCUCUCUCUCUCUCUCUCUCUCUCUCUCUCUCUCUCUCUCUCUCUCUCUCUCUCUCUCUCUCUCUCUCUAAAUAAUGCUUGUUUCGUUGCAAAUAAAACAAAUAUUACUUUAUCUCCCCCUUUCUCCAUUUCCACCAACAUUCUUCUUCCUUCCGGUUUGACCCGACUUUUCUCUCUGUCUCCCUCUCUCACUCUCUCUCUCUUUACUCUCUCUCCCUCGCUCUCAAUCCCCUCUCUCUCUCUCCUCUUUCUCCCUCUUUCUCAUCUCCCUCUCUCACUUUACAAACUCUCUCUUAUCUCCCUCUCUCUCUCUACUCUCUUUCAUCUUCCCCUCUCUCUCUACUCCCUCUCCCCCUCUCUCUUUCUCCCUCUCUCUCUCCCUCUCUCUCUCUCUCUCUCUCUUCAUUCUCGCCGUCACCUGUCAGAGAGACGAGAAAGAGAACGAAACAACAUUAAAAAUAACAGGAAUACCUCGUUCUUUUUCUCCUCCGUCUCCUUCUCUUUAACUUUGUCUUUUUUUCUUCUUGUAUUCCUUUUCUUUCUUCUUGAACUUCUCCUGCUCUUUCUUUUACCUCACUAUCUUUUUUUUCUUUCACUCCUUCCUCUUUUUUUCUUUUUUUCUUCUUCUGCAUUUUCGAAAUGUUUUUUUUUCCUUUUUUAUUUUCUUGUUACUGUUUACAUUGGUUUUCUUCCAAGUUUCUCUUCUACUGUAUUUCUUUCCAUUCCUUUUAUUCCUUCCCUUCUCUUUAUUCCUCCCGUUCUUCUUCUUCUAAACUUUAUUUUCCACCAUUUUUUCCUCGUCGUCAUCUACGUCAUCACACACGUGUUGUUUUGCCAUAUCCCUCACUUUCUCUUUUAUUAUCUUCUUCCUCUUCCAUUCGUAAUUCGUUCUUUUUUUUUCUUUUACAGCCUCCAUUUUUUUUCUACUUUUUCUUCUUCAUCUUCCCCUUCCAUACGCUCGAUUCGAUUCUUCUUCAUUUUUACUAACUAUACUUCGCCUUCCUCUUUCCAUCUUUUCUUCCUUCUUUUUUCAUCUAGCUCUUCCCUGUUUCCACCUAAAUUUGAAUUCUUUCUCCUUUUCACCGUUUCUUUUUUCUCUCCUUUUUCCUUUUCUUUUUUCCUUUUUUCUUUUCUCUUCUUUAUGCCCCCCUUACUCUUAUAA